UUAUCAUAACGGUGUAGGUUCGACCGCGGUCUACCUGUCCUGGAUUGGCCUUGUUCUUGUCAUGUGCAAAUUUCCCAAGCUUGGAAUUUAUGUGGUGAUGUUCACAGAUAUAUUCAAGACUUUCGCUCAGUUCUUUGUGGUCUGUUUCCUUUUUAUUGUGGCCUUUGGCUUAGGAUUUCAUACUUUACUAUACAAUAAGGUAAACUGUCCAUCUGCUUUCGUUAUAUAAUUGAAUAGAAGUUGCAGCGGUUCUCUGAUUGUCUAAUGAAAUAUUAAUAGCACAUGCUGAACACAACAUUUUUUGAAGACUUAAGGAAGAAAUAUUCUUCGAUCCCUUCCUAGGGACAGACUCCUUGGGUACGUUUGAAUCUGCCUGGUGCCUGCACGGCGUUUUCCCAGUCCCUCUCGGUCAAUUCACUUCGGUGAGUUAUCCGAGGCGAACGCUCACAUUUUCGCCUGGACCACGUGACCCGAAACGAUUUGGGCGUGCGGAAUAAUGAGGCCUAGGGACUAGGCAAGGUUUGAAUGAGAAUGCUCGCCCGCCAGAACUCCACAUGAACAUUUGUGUUUGUGUUCAAAAUAAUACCCCUGGCCCCGUUUGUUUAAACGUUGGAUAGCGCUAUCCAACAGGCCGCGGUUGUUCAAAAAAUAAAUAGCUCUAUACCGAAUAAAUGGCUAUUCGGCGGUUAAUUAUUGGGGAAAUUAGUUGCCCUUUCCAGUGGAUAGUGAUUUAUCCAGUGGAUAGCGCUAUCCACCUUUGGAGCAGCUGGCGCCAGAUAAAUAACUAUCCAGCGGAUAAGUUCUGUACUGAUAGAGAUUUAUGCAGUGGAAAGUGUUACCCAGGUUUCGAACAACUGGGCCCUGUCCUUAAAAUACGAAACAUUUGAUCUCUAUUUCUAGAAAAGUUUUACUACAACUUCAAAUCUUUUGCGCCUUUAAGAGAUAUUGCACCCUUUGCUAGAAAGUCUCGAAUGUGAAUACCCCUUUCUAAAGCAGGAUUCCCAAAAUCACCCAUCAUUCAUAUGUCACAUAUCGUAUAAGUAAUUGACCGAAGCGGCUUGGGCAUGUCCCAAGCCUGUGUUCCUUACAGAGUAACCCUUCCCGUAAGUCACAAUUUUGCCCUGAGGGAGAAGUAAGUGAUAAUUUUGACUUAGGGGAGGGGUAGGUAAUCUGUCAUCCAAAAACCUCAAUUGAUCAGCAGACUGAAAGAUGCUCGUUUUCCAUCUGUAGGUCCCGUACUCCACCCCUGGCAGAGGCAUGCUAAAGACAACAAUGGGAAUGUUGGGAGAAUAUGAAUACGAUACAGUGUACAAUGAAAACGUGGUACCCCCGGUCACGUGGAUACUGUACGUAGCCUUCCUCGUCACCAACUGCAUUAUCAUUAUGAAUUUAUUGGUAAGUGACUGUCGACGUUCUAGAGGAUACGACUUGCAAAUUGUGUGGUAAAAGGACCAUUUACAAAUUCCAAAAAUUCUCCCAAAAUGCGAAACCUUUCUAGUUAAAACGAGUUUCAAUAGACCUCUUUAGCUUGUAUGUUUUGUUUUCCCAACAGGGGCCCAGGGGAACUUAACCCUUUGUCUCUUGAUACAUUAUGCGUAUAUAUGCACAUAAAUAAGAUGUAAUUGAAAAAAAAAACAGUUCUCCAGAGUAUUAUUACAUGACCUUUAUUAGGAAAACUAAACAUACAAGCUAAAGAGGUCUAUUGCGUGAAUGUCGUAUUUAAUAUGUCUUCACUGGCUUGGCCUCUCUUUGAAACAGAGGCUGGGGCAAGUCGGUAAUGGCCCAUUUGUUGCGAGAUUAAGUGCAAAUGGGAAGUGUAAUCACGUGGUGCGAAACUCGUCAUCCUAGUUUGGUACAGACAAAUACAAUGCUGUUGGAAAAGUACCUUAAAAUGGAGUGGCGAGCGUUGAUGUUCUUCCCUAAAAUGAUAGCAUUUGUUUUUUUUUAAAAAAAACGCAUUCUUUUGCGUUUGUUUCCAAUUAAAGUUAUUCCCUCUUUUCACAGUACAACAGUCGAACCUUGGUCCGUGCUUUCUUCUUGUUAGUGACCUUUCCGCGUAAACGACGCCCAUUCAGAAUAGUCUAAUCAGAGGCUAGGUUGUCUAAAAGGGUUCUUCAGUCCCGACAUCCUAACCCAAAUUGUAGCUAAAUCCCGUGAUCCACCGAUGGUUAUUAUUGCUAUCCUCCAUACUGUGAGUACUUGCAACCCGAAUAUCGUCCCAUGUUGCUUUAAAAACCCGAAUCCCGAAUCCCGAAUCCUGAGAAACCUAUUGGGAAAACCCGAAUCAGCUUUUCCAGUGAAAGCUCUACAGUUAGAACCUCUCAUAAGCGGCCAUCUCCAAGGAGUAUCCACCAAAUCUUGGCGUUUUUUAUUUGUUCACCAUAGGUUGGUCUGGCUGUAGACGAUAUCAAAGGUGUGCAAGAGAAAGCGGUACUCAAAAGACUGGCCAUGCAGGUUUGUCAAUGCAACGCACGGUAACUGACAAACAAUGCUUUUAUGUUCACCACAACUACUGACACACAACGUGGAUAGACCUGUUUGAUUAUUUCGGGGGGAAUUUUAUCCUGUAAUCAGGUUGGUUUUAAGAAGUAAGUGUCCCAUUUUUGUGUAGGUUGACCUUGCUUUAGAUGUAGAGAAAGCUCUUCCUGAAAUGCUGAGACAACGGUUUGCCACAACUCAAGAAGUAGUUUAUCCAAAUGCUAACAGAUACUGGACAAUAUGGUCAUUUUGGAACCAGAAUGUCAGUCCUGCAAGAGCAAUUAACGAGGCAAUGAACCCAGAAUAG